CCCCCGCACAAAUGACGGCAUUGGAUCCAGUUUUAAGGACUUAACCGAGUUGGGAAUUAGCUGCAAACGCCAAAAUGCCGUCCAAGCCUGCCCCAAUCAAGAAGGCGGCUAAGAAAGAACCAGCCAAGAAGGAGGAGAAGGCUGCAGAGCCGGCUCCUGCCGAGGCUGCCCCGGCCGAAGCCGCCCCAGCCCCCGCUGAGGCCGCCCCUGUCGAGGUCGAGGCUCCUGCUGCCCCGCCAGCUGAGGAGCCCAAACCCCCCACCCCUCCACCCGCAAAUGAGCCGACAAGUAUCCCUCUGGAUCUGUUUAUCGAGGAUAAGAAUGACACUUCAGUCACUAUCAUUUGGAGCCAGCCAGAGGUUGUCGGAGCAUCCGGUCUGGACGGAUACACCAUCGAAGUCUGCAAGGACGGAACUGAGGACUGGAAAGCAGUCAACGAGGAUCUGCAGAAGUCCAGCCGCUACGUCAUCAAGAACCAGACCACCGGUGACCUUCUGAAGAUCCGGGUGGUUGCUGUGAAUGCCGGUGGCCGCAGCCCGCCCCUCGCCCUCCCCGAGGCCGUCCUGGUGAAGGAGGUCGCCGAUCGUCCCAAGGUCCGCCUGCCACGUUUCCUCAGGCAGAGAUAUGUCGCUUACGUUGGAGCUAAGAUCAACCUCACCAUCCCCUUCUCAGGCAAACCCAAACCCGUGGUGUCCUGGACAAAGGACGGGCAGCCUCUGGACACAAAGAGGGUGAACAUCCGCAGCACCGACAGAGACAGCAUCCUGUUCAUCCGUACGUCCGAGAGAGACGACUCUGGAGUGUAUGAGAUGUGCGUGAAGGUGGACGACUUCGACGACAAGUCUUCGCUCAUCCUGCAAAUUGUUGAGCUGCCGGGGCCUCCUGCCUCUGUGAAGGUUGUGGAUACUUGGGGCUUCAAUGCUGCUCUGGAGUGGACCGCACCCAAAGACAACGGAAACACAGAGAUCACAGGUUACACAAUCCAGAAGGCCGACAAAAAGACCGGAGACUGGUUCACUGUGUUGGAUAAUUACCACAGACUGAAUGCCACCAUCUCUGACCUCAUCAUGGGCAACUCCUACAAGUUCAAAGUGUUUUCUGAAAACAAGUGUGGGACAAGCGAGGAGGCGACUGUUGCGAAGGAGGAGGCCACGAUCUUGAAGACGGGUAUCCACUACAAGCAUCCCGAGUACAAGGAUCGCGACUACUCCGAGGCACCGAAGUUCACCACCUCUCUGAACGACAGAGCCACCACCGUCGGCUACAGCACCAAACUGCUGUGCUCCGUCAGGGGAUGCCCAAGACCCAAGGUGAUAUGGAUGAAGAACUCCAUGAUUAUUGGAGAAGACCCCAAGUACAGGCAGAUCUGCGUCCAGGGCAUCUGCUCUCUGGAGAUCCGUAAAGCCGGCAACUUUGACGGAGGUGUGUACUCCUGCAAAGCCAAGAACAAUCACGGAGAAGCAACUGUCAGCUGCAAGCUGGAGGUCAAAAAGCCAGCGGCUGCAGAUGCAGAGAAGAAAUAAGUCAACAUUCACAUUCUCACAGGAGCAGAAGGAAUGAGGCCUUUGCAGCAUAAGGAAGUUGCUGGAUUCCUGGAAGAACAUGUAUAUAUGGCUGGUGACCACACUACCAAAGGGUUGUUGCCUGUGACCUCUUGCCGAGUGUUUCCCUGUGUUAUGAUGAACAAUUGUUGUCACUUUAUGCCUUUAUCGUUCACUACAUUAUUAAGUCCAUAUCCAUGUCCACAAUUGGCCUUUUCCCCCCCAACGAUACUGUCUAUAGUAACUAAAUGAUCAUCAUCUUUUCACUCUAACUAAGUGUACACCAAGACUUCUGCAGCAUGAAUGUAAUGUUCCUCAUAGGAGAAGUACAUUUAACAUCUACGUGUUUAUAUCAAUAAAUAACUUUAUUUCUGG